GUAAAUAAAACAUCUAAGUAUUAAAUAAUUGAUUUUACCUGUUUUAUUAGAAUGUAUUUUCUCUAAGAUACACUCAUAGUGAGUUGUGUUCUGCUCACAUUCUGUUGGAACGUGCGGGGUUAUAAUGUGUAUGGCCUCACUUUUACUUAAUUCGGCUGAGUGUCUCGGCCAGUAGCAAGCUCUCAAACUACUGAGCCAAUCAUACGAAUAGAAUGAAGAUAUGGCUACUAAAUAUCGCCAAUUUGUCACAAGUAUCACACGUCCGAAACUACCUAUCCCUCGGCAAUGGAUAUUUACUCGGCAUACCGAAAACAUUUUCAUUAAUAUCAGUCGGACUGUCCAUAUUCAGCGUAAAGUCGACCGAAAUAGCUUCGCAAAAGUUCAUUUCACUCCUGUUGAUAUCCCAUCACUUCCUUUCUGGAUUGCACAUGCUCAUCCUCCUUUGAUACCAGCCAAUGCCGACGAGGCUCAUCUUUCCCCUGAGGACUUCUUUAAGAUAUGUCAACAAUAUGUCUCCUUAGCUAUCCAGAACAGCCCCGACUGGCGGCAAAAGGCAAUAGCUACUACUAUUUCUACCAACCCCAAUGACGACCGUAUCCCACUAUCCACAUUACAAUACAUCGCCUUCAUACUCAUGAGCUCAGGCGGCAGCGGACAUCUCAUAGCCCGGCACAUCCUACACACGGGGAUAACAUUCAACUACCCACCCUCCAUCCUAACAAUGGCACGUUUCGGCGUGAUAUCAAACGCUAUCUUCAAACCACAAUUAGCAGCAGCAAAAGAAGGCCUAGACAAACUCGCCUCUUCCCCUAAACUCCCCACCACAUCCACAUCUCCAUCCAAAGGAACAAACCGCGGCAACGAUUUCGACGCCGCGUACUACCGCCCCGACGCCCUAACCCUGAAAGCCAUCAUCGCAUUCCUCGAAAACACAAGCCCCAGCACCUCCCAAGGAAUCCACCUCCUCGCCGAAGCAGAAAGAGCAUCAAUCCCCGGGCCCCCCACCGUGCGCUGGCAAUGGCGGGACCUAGGCGCCCGAUAUCUCGGCAUCGCACUCCAAAUUCCAAACCAAGAGCCGAAAAACUUUGACCAGGCUAAGAAGAUACUGCGGAGGUUGUUUUAUGAAUAUGAUACACCUGAAGUGUGUUAUCGGUACGCGUCGUUACUCGACCCCGGAGAUCCCGAGCGUCUGCGCUUGAUGGAACGCGCGGCUGUUAGUGGAUCUGAGGACGCGGCGAGGGAGAUGGGGGGGUUGGUGCGGGAGAGGGUGGAGCGGGAUGGUGGUGGUAGUGGUGAUAGGGAUUUGAAGUUUAUGGCUGAGGAGUGGGAGAGGAUUGGUAGGAGUAAAUCUACUAUGUCAACUUGAUAUAUAUACCCGGAAUGGGAACAGACGGGAUCUAUGAAUUAUUUAUCCAAGGCUUAAGGAUGGAAGGAUGAAUUUCAAGGCUGUAUUAUAUCUACGGAUAGGAAAAUGUCUAAUUACAUUACAGAACAUGGGAUAUUAGUCCCCCCUAAAUACUGAAGGGGGUAUAGACAUGAUGAAGCAAUGUACAUAUGCAGUCAAAUUCA